AUGAAUGAAUCGGUUUUGGAUGAUGACGGUGAUUACGAAGAGCCAAUAUCUAAUCUUUCUCCUCAAGUUCAACCCAAAACAAAGAAAUUACUUAUUUUGAAACUGAACGAGUUUCUUUAUCGUAGAGUAGUGUACUUUCAAGAAAUUCUUGAAUAUAAAUACACAAUUUACCGAAUACCCGAGCACCGUUACCGUGAUUUUAUUUUGUUUAGAAGGCCAUAUUCAAAACAGUUUUUGGGGUUUUGCUUGCAAAGAUUUGAAGUUGGAGUAUGGUCCUCCGCAAGAGGGUAUAAUAUCGACGGAGCCUUGAAAUGUGCCAUGGGAAAUCACAAAGAAAAACUUCUAUUUGUUUGGGUUGGACUUAUACCUAUGGUGAAUGCCGAAAAACCUCUUUAUAUGAAAGAGUUACAGAAAGUGUGGAAUCUAUAUGAUUCUAUAUAUUCACGUUCUAAUACUUUGAUGAUUGAUGACAAGCCAUACAGAGCACUCUAUAAUCCUGCACAUUUGUCAAUAUUUACCAAGUCUUAUGAUAUAAAUGACGAGGAGGACAACUUAUUUGACCCAAAUGGUGAGUUAUGCAAGUACUUGGAAGGAGUAUAUAAAGCUGAAGAUGUUCCGAGACAUAUCCAACACAACCCUUUUGGCUUACCACCAAUAACACCUUCUCAUCCUGAUUGGAAAUACUACAAAAAAGUUCUCCUUAAGUUGGGGUUUGUUGAUACAUGA